GAGCUUCCUUGAUUCCCCAGUCAUUUGCCCAACUGCCAUCUCCAUAGCCAUGUGCCCAAGGUGGUUGGCCCUCCUGCUCCUGUUCCUACUAAGCCCAGGCACCCAGGCCUUCUACAGAAAGCUCAUCAAGUGCUUUGAGGACCCCCAAUAUGAAGAGCUGGUGCAGCUGGCAAGAGACGGGCUGGGGCAGACGGUGGAAAUGAAGCGAGUAGUGGUGAUUGGGGCAGGCAUGGCUGGGCUUACUGCUGCCAAGAUGCUGCAGGACGCAGGCCACCAGGUAACUGUCCUGGAGGCCUCAGGGCGUGUGGGUGGCCGAAUAGAGACACACAGAGUGCCCGGGGCACAGUGGUAUGUGGAACUGGGCGCCAUGAGAAUCCCUGCCAACCACAGGCUCUCCCGUGAAUUUGUCAGAAAGUUUGGGCUGAAACUCCGUGAGUUCUGCCACUCUGACCUCCGGACCUGGGUCCUGAUCAAUGGGGUGCGGCGGCGGACAGGAGAAAUGCAGGCCAACCCCCACCUGCUGGGCUACACAGUCAGAGCAGAUGAGGAGGGGAAGACAGCAGAAGAGCUGUUUGAUCAGUCACUGAGGAAGGUGGUGGAAGAGCUGAAGACAAGUAGCUGCAGCCAGGUGCUGGAGAAGUACGACUCCUUCUCCACCAAGGAGUACCUGAUUAAGGUGGGGAACCUCAGCCGCGGGGCUGUACAGAUGAUUGGGGACCUGCUGAAUGCAGAAGCCGGCUACUAUGAGGCCUUCACAGAGACCAUGCGUGCUAUCAUCUCCUUCAGCCAGGAGCCCUGGUUUGACGAAAUCGUUGGCGGCUUUGACCAGCUCCCCAGGGCCCUGCACGAUGCCCUCUUGCCCGGGACAGUGCAGCUCCACUCAUCAGCGGAGGAGGUGGAGGCAUCCGGGGAUCUCGUCCACGUCACAUAUCGGACAUCUGACCCUCUGCGACCCAAAGAAAGUCUUACUGCAGAUUAUGUGAUUGUGGCUACCACGGCCAAGGCUGCCCGACUCCUCCAUUUCCGGCCACCCCUCUCCCCUGGUAAGGAGGACGCACUGCGUUCUGUCCACUACAGCAGUGCCACCAAAGUGAUCUUGGCCUGCACACAGCGUUUCUGGGAGCAGGAUGGCAUCUUUGGCUGCAAGUCCACCACUGACCGGCCUGCCCGCUUCAUAUACUACCCCAACCACGUCUUCCCCAAUGGCACAGGAGUCAUCCUGGCCUCCUAUACCCUGGAUGAUGACUCUUCGUUCUUCACUUCCAUGAACCAUGCCCGGAUAGUGGAUGUCAUCCUGGAUGACCUGGCUGCAGUCCAUGACCGCCCCAAGGAGGAGCUCCAGGCCCUCUGCCCUUACUCCGCGGUCAAGCACUGGAGCCAGGACCCCUAUUCCAUGGGAGGCUUUGUCUCCUUCACCCCCUACCAGUAUGUGGACUAUGCCCGGGAACUCAGCCAGCCUGAAGGGCGGGUGCACUUUGCUGGUGAGCACACAAGCCUACCCCACGGCUGGAUUGACACCGCCAUUAAAUCAGGCCUCAGGGCAGCACGGAGCAUCCAAGAGGCUGUGGGCUUGGGUUUGACAAAGGGCCGUAGAGACCCGAAAGAGCUCUCCUCCAAAAGUGAGCUAUAGCCAACUUCGGAACACUCAGGAAGUAGAGUGAUUCCACUCACCUUGGCCCACCAGGAAAAUACCAAAAACUCAGUGUCUCACCUUAUCUCCACCUUCAUCGAAAGAUGCCAGACCUAAAGGUGUCAUCUAAGGCCAAGAAACAGAGUGACUCUAAUACUAGGCAUAAAAACCUAUUAUACCCAUGACCUUAGCUUUGUGAGCAAUGUCUUGACAUUAUCAACAACAACAUGUGAUAUAGCGAUUAAAACAAUAAGGUAUUCCUUGAA